AUGGCUGCUGCUGCUGCUACACUCAACCUUCUUCUUUACCUCUUCUGGAUUUCUCUCUUAUUUCUCUUCUCUGGAUCUCUGCAACUCUGCGUAAAGGAGGAAAGGAAGGCUCUGCUGAGUGUGAGAAGUGGUUUCCCUGUUGUCGACAGAGGGCUAUCUCCAUGGGAGGGCGAUGACUGUUGCAGUUGGGAACGUGUAGGAUGCAACAUCACAGGUCAUGUUAUAGAACUUGACUUCUCUUUAAUUAUUUAUACAUCUGAUGAUGUUUUCAUCAGAAACGAGGUGCACCCUUCAUUGUUUCAAUUGAAGCAAUUGCAGUAUUUAAAUAUAAGUGGGAACGGCUUUGGUGGUCGUCCAAUUCCUGGCUCGAUUGGUUCUUUAACUCAAUUGCAGCGCUUGGACCUUUCCGAAUGUGAUUUUGGAGGAGAAAUUCCCCUCCAACUUGGCAAUCUCUCCCAUCUACGUCAUUUAUCUCUAUCUGAUAAUCGGAUUUCUGGAAAAAUCCCGGCAUCUUUUGUCCAUCUCAGAAAUCUGCAGUUCCUGUACCUGAACACUAAUAACAUCAGUGGAGUGAUACCAGAAGAUAUUGGAAACCUCAGAAACAUACAAGGCUUGUUCCUCCAUUAUAACAGUCUUGAAGGUGUAAUACCGAAGAGCAUAGGAAACUUGAGUAAACUGUCAAGUCUGGUCCUUUUUGGUAAUGAAAUUGUUGGAGGCUUACCAGAGACUAUCGGCAACCUAACUGCAUUGCAGAAUUUGAAAUUAUUAUCUAAUCAGAUUAGUGGGAAGAUACCAGAUUCAAUUGGAAAUCUCAUUCAGCUAGAAUUUCUCGAUAUCCGUUGUAACAACAUAAGUGGAUCGAUCCCUGGUACCUUAGGAAGUCUAUGCAACUUGAGUGGCAUCUUGCUCUCUGAUAACAGUAUAACAGGGAGAGUUGCUGAAUUCUUUGAAAAACUAUCAAGAUGCAGAACAAACAAACUUCUUUCCGUUGACUUGGGUGGCAAUCAGUUAAGUGGUCCCUCUCCGAGUCAUUUUGAGAGGUUUCGAAGAUUAAAUAAUCUUGACCUUAGUUUCAAUCAAUUGAGUGGUUCAGUUCCAGCAUCCUUGGGGAAAUUGUCUGCAUUAGAGUCCUUAUAUCUGUAUUCAAACCACUUGGUUGGAGACAUCACAGAAGCCCACUUUGCCAAUCUUACAAGUUUACAAUACAUUGAUAUAUCUGACAACAACUUGUCGGUUAAAGUGAGCCAAGAUUGGCUUCCUCCAUUUCAUGCAAGAUAUAUCUUCAUGCGCUCUUGCAACUUGGGACCCAGAUUUCCUACAUGGCUGCAGAACCAAACCAGUUUACAAACGCUAGACAUAUCAAAUAAUGGAAUAUCAGAUGCUUUUCCUGAUUGGUUUUGGAGCAUGUGCUUAUCAGAAGUGCAGCUAAAUGUUUCUCACAAUCAUAUGAGAGGGAUGUUGCCGCGCUCUUUAGAAUGCUUCAUACCAAGAAUGCAACUUUGGAAUGCAUAUUUGGACUUUUCUCACAAUGCCUUUUCUGGACCAAUUCCUAAGAGCAUGUUUGGUGAGUUUAGCAUUUCGUAUUUGAUUUUGUCCAAUAACAAAUUGAAUGGCAGCAUUCCGACUUCCAUUUGUACAAUAAGAGACUUGCAAAUGGUAAACCUUGCCAAUAAUGAUUUAUCUGGAACACUCCCAGAUUGCUGGGCUUUUAGCCAUACUGCAAUCACUGCACAUGAAUAA